AUGAAGUGGCUGCUUACCUUUCUAUGCCUGAGUAUAUACAGCGCAGCGGUACACGCCCUAAGCAGUACUGGAGAUAGGCUUCUUGUUAUCCAGGAAGACGACUCUGAAAGGGAGUUAUUUUCGACCUUCUGGGCAGACUUGGAAAGUCGAGGGUAUAAACUUACGUUCGAGUCGCCGAAGAACAUCAAGCUCUCUCUCUUCCAUCUUGGAUCAAGAGCUUACGACCAUCUCAUACUCCUCCCACCAAAAUCCAAAGGAUUGGGGCCUGCUCUGACGCCGAAAACGUUACUGGACUUUGUCAACGAUGACGGAAACAUUUUAAUUGCCCUCUCUGGCGGUGCUCCGACGUCCAGUGGUAUCAGCUCCCUUCUUCUCGAACUCGACAUACAUCUCUCGCCGGAUAGAGCUCCAAUUGUGGUGGACCACUUUAAUUAUGAUACCAUAUCUGCUGCAGAGAAACAUAACGUUCUCCUUCUGCCCCGUCCCGGCAGCUUACGCCCCGACACUAAACCAUUCUUCAACGGAGAAGGCAUUCUAGCUUUUCCAAAUGUUGCUGGGCAAUCUCUAGGCAACAACAGUCCUCUGCUGGCUCCUAUUAUCCGGGCUCCCGCAACGGCAUAUAGCUAUGACAAGAGGGAUGAUGAUCAAUCAAUUGACCAAAAGCUCCCAACAGGCUCGCAGCUCUCAUUAGCCACAGCUAUGCAGGCAAGGAACUCGGCGAGAAUCACUGUCCUCGGAUCAGUCGACAGUCUAAAGGAUGAGUGGUUUUCUGCCAAGGUAAAGGUGCCCAAGGGCGAGAAGGUUGAGACCUCCAACAGACAGUUUGCCCAGCAACUUACUGCCUGGACCUUCCAGGAGACAGGUGUGAUCAAAGUGACUCGGGUGGAACACUACCUGAACGAAGAGAGUAACAUAGAGUCGGGACCGCAGGAGCUUAACCCAUCAAUUUACCGUAUCAAAAACGAUGUGACAUUCACAAUCGAACUUUCGGAGUAUAGCUAUGAUCAAUGGAUACCCUUUUGGGCUCCAGAAAAUGAUGAAAUUCAGCUAGAAUUCACCAUGCUAUCUCCCUUCCACCGUCUUAACCUUCAACCAGUUGACAGAACGGAACAUGCUGCCAUUUACAGAACCUCCUUCACCCUCCCUGACCAGCAUGGCAUCUUUUCCUUCCGUGUCAAUUACAAGCGGCCCUUCUUCACCUACAUCGAGGAAAAGCACGAAGUUACAGUACGACAUUUCGCACAUGAUGAGUGGCCACGAAGCUGGCGGAUUAGCGGUGGAUGGGUUUGGAUCGCCGGUCUAUGGUCUGUUAUCGGGGGUUUCCUCGCAUUUGUGAUGGUUUGGUUGUAUUCUGCACCGCCGAUGAAAAGCAGCCUCACGAAAAAAGAGCAAUAG